UAAUCAACGUUCAUGUACUAUAGUAAUUCAUUCUGCAUAUGAUCAUAAUCACUCCUAGUGCAUAAUCGUGGCCCUCGCUUUAGAUCCUUUUAGGUGUUGACAUCGGUGAGGGUUUUAGCGUACUAGUCAUGGUGCUGCUGCCGUCGACUCAUCAUCUCCACUUUGACCCAGUCCUUGUUUGGGUAUUGUAUCAGUGUCAUCAGUUCUCGGACUUGAUUAGAGUAGAGUGGGCGGCAUACGCGGCUUUGAGCACGGUUACUUUUGUCGAUAUCCUUAUUGCAUCAUCGAUGUGGUAUUUCCUCGCUACCUCCCGCACUGGGUUCUCUAGAACGGAUUCCUUCAUCAACAAGCUUAUAGCUUACACCGUUAAUACUGGCUGUAUCACGAGUAUAGGUUCAGUGGCAACUAUAGUCACAUGCGCAGCGAUGCCAAACAACUUUAUCUAUCUUGGCGUUGCAUUUUUAGUAGCUAAAUUAUACGUCGGCUCGUUUCUCGCACUCCUGAAUAUGCGAUACUACUUGCAGGGCAAUGCGAACAAUAUCGAUUCCGUCAACACGCACCGUACGCGCCAAUUCCUCUACCGACCAGAGCCGCACAUUAGGGUGCCACAAGUGGAGGAGGAACUCCAGGCCUCCCAGGAGAACAUAUGUAAACAUGACGAUGAAGCGGAUUUCACUCAUCCUGUACAGAUUGACAUGCCACAGCCUCCACCGAUUGCCAUCACAGUUGAGAUAAGUUCUUUUUCGUCGGCUUAAUAGGUUGUCAUGCAUGUAUAUCGUCCGCCUGUCUCUUAUAGACUUUUGAGGCCACGGAUUAUAAUAUCGAUGACUACCUCUGUGCAUUCUGAUGUA